AUGACUGGCGACGGUGCAAGCCAGAACAGACGACCUCCACGUCUUAAUCACAAGAAAUCGCGUGCUGGUUGUCAAAGAUGCAAGGCCCGUCGUGUCAAGUGCGAUGAGGCGAAACCCGCUUGCGGAGGAUGUAGUCGCCACCAUGUGCCUUGCAUCUAUCUUACCAACGAGUCCCCAAGGGCCGCUAGCACAGAAGUGUCGCUGUCUCCUCAUGCACUCCCGCAGACAGACCAGGUUCAAUUGAAGACUGCCAUCAACCAGGUCCUCACGCCGCCGACUAACAAUGACCCGGUCACGGCGGAUGACAUCCUGGAUCUUCCAGAGUCACGCCAACGUCGUAUGCUCGAACUCCGCCUAUGGCAUAAUUAUGUUACUGUUGUAGCAACUCCCUUCCAUACGCAGGCUCCGAUAUCUGCACUCAUACAGAUCUGGAAUAAUCAUAUGCCGCAUAUUGCCAUGCGACACGAUAAUCUGCUUAACACCAUCUACGCUUUCUCUGCUACAAACUUGUUACGAGAUGCUCCUGAUGACGAGCAAUUGCUCACUGCGCAGAGGAUAUAUCUCAGUCUGGCCCUCCGUGAGCAGCGAGCGGCCGUCAUCAAAUUCCAUACCCAGGCGGAAGAGCCAGACUCGCUCUGCUUCACUUCCAUCAUGAUGACCAUGAAUGCGUUCGGCUCUUUGCAGGAACGUACGCGACAACCUUACAAGCCACCUACGGACAUGCUACGUCUAGGCAUAGGAGCAUGCGCUAUGUUUGAAGAAGCUCUCAAGAGUGCUCGCAAAUUUCCCGCAUCCAAGAUAGUCACUUUCAUCGAGAAUCAGCCCUUUUUCUGCAGUAUACCUAGAAUGUUCGAUGAGGAGCAUCGCGGCCCAUUUGUUGGCAUUCUUGGUCCGAGAAACGCCCAAGGCGUGUACGAGGACUCCGAACUCUGGAACGCUGAGGUCCGGGAAGCCUACGAAUAUACACUGAGUUAUAUCGGUACCAUGUACACAGCCGUGUUGAACGAGGAGUCGUUGCAUCAGAUCUGCACCCGAAUUUGUGCCUUUACACUAUAUGUGCCCAAGAAGUUUGUUGACAUGGUCGAAGAGCUACGUCCUAGAGCGUUGGUCAUCCUGGCGCACUUCUUCUCGCUCGCGACAAAGGGCAGCGCGCACUGGUGGGUUGGUCAGACUCCAAUGCGGGAAGUUCAAGGGCUGCGACGCAUCGUGCCACUGGAGUGGCAACGGCACUUACGAUGGCCAUUGGUCAUGUCUGGACUCGAGCCUGUCUGA